AUGGGUUUCACAAAAAAUGAUGCCUAUAACUAUAUCGAGAAGACUAAGCGGGAGAAGAUUUUUCAUGGAGACGCUAAUGCCGCAAUAAUCUAUUUGGAAGGAAUAGCGGUGUCGGAUCCGAUGUGCAUGGCUAGGUACAAUUUGACAGCGAGACAAACAACUAUAUUUGGGUUUGGAUUAGUGUUGGAUGAAAGCGUUGGAUCAUACACGUGGUUGCUUGAAAAUCUGUUGGAGGGCAUGUGCAACAAGAAGCCAUCGGUGAUAAUGACAGACGGGUGUGACUCAAUGAGGGCAGCAAUCAAGGCAGUGUUUUCAGAGGCCACACAUCGGUUGUGUGCAUGGCAUAUGGAGAAGAAAUUGACUUCAAAUGUGAAAGAUGGAGGGUUACAACAACUUUUCACUAUGUGGCUGUAUUCGAAUAUGGAGAUAGAAGAGUUUGAGGCAGAAUGGCAUACAACUGUUGAAGAAUAUGGACUUGAUGAUAGUUUUUGGGCUAAGGAAACUUAUAAUAAGCGGAGAAUGUGGGUAAAUGCAUACUUAAAAGACAAAUUCUAUGUCGAGUUUCGUACAACUUCUCGAUGUGAAGGGAUUAAUGCGAAUGUCAAAAAGUUUCUUAAUUCAAGGCACAGUGUCCUUGAGAUGGUGCAAAAUGUUAAAUUGAUGGUACAAAAGUAUCGAAAUAUUGAGUUAGAUGCCCACUUCAGGUCCAUUCACAUCAACCCAGUGAUCACGACUUGCUUGGACCCACUUGAGCGGUUUGUUGUAACUGUUUACACAUGA